AUGGUCGGUUAUAAGAAGUUGGCGGUAGUGCUGUUGUCAUUGUUGGGCUUGGAUGCAGUCCUUGCUUCCAGUGACGUCAAAGAGGAUUCGACGAAAGAAGAAGGUGGAGGACUCCGAAGAAACAGGCAGUACCGGCGGCGGAACGAACGUUCUUGUCCCAGGGUGCCUGCCAACCGAGUGGAUGCAGCUCUGGAUGCAUCCACUCUGGAUGUCAUCGCCGACGCCUCCAAUCUGGUCCAGUUACCUCCACGCACUUCUCCCGACACGCUCAAGGAGCAGAACCAAGUUGCUUUUGAUAUGUUCAAUGUGUACAGGGAUCUAGAUGAUCGAGUCGUUGUGGCCAAGAGCAAAACGAAUGGGGCGUGUCACCUAGCUUUUGGUGUCCCGGGUGGUACUCCGUUUGAUAACUUGCAAAAUUUGAACCCGUUCACUACCCAGAUUGGGGACUGCGCCGUACGAACAGGCUACGUUAUGGGAUACAACAUGUCCAAGGCGGAUGAGUUUCAUUUGGAAUUACAAAGCUGCCUUGCUUCUUGUGUUGGCGAGGAUACGUGUCCAUUGAUUAUAAGUGGUUAUUCGCAAGGUGGUGCCAUUGCCAUUGUGGCUGCCAUUGACUUGGUCGAAUACUCACCAAUCACUGUAACAUUUGGAGCCACUGCCGCCAUUGUCAAUCCCCAGCACACUCUCUCCUUUUUGAGAGACGAUACGUAUCAGUGUACGGAUUUUGUGCCAGAGCGCCACUAUCAGUUUGUCAACAUGGUGGAUGGCAAAUACGAUUGCGUGGCUCUGGGAGUCAACCCAUUUUCAGCUACUCACAGUGGCCGCUUGCUCCUGUUGGACGAGAACACCGACCAUUUCGUUGGGUCUCCUGGAGUCUUUCAAGUUGCGGAUGAUUCUCGCAGAGAACCCAGCUCAAAUCGUGCUCACCGACCCGACCUGUAUAAAGAGCGAAUGGAAAAGCUGCUUCGGGGUGGCUGUUCCGUAUUGCCUGUAGGAAAAUGGGAAACUGCGCAUGAUUGCAACUACAAUGAUGAGUGCAGCUCUGGCUUGUGUCAGGACAAUGCUUGUACGUGA